UCCAGCAGUGUUGACCCAGGCAAUGAGAGCCUUGCAGAGCUGAAGAAAGGAAUUGUGGGAAGGGUCAUUGCCAGAGGGUCUUUGGAGGGUGGCCUUCAUGCAUUUUGGAGUCCUGCCCCCUUAGGUGCCAGGGAAAGGGAGUAAAGGGAAUCAGGGAUCCUGGGGGAUGGGCGAAGCUUUGUUAGAGCAAAGCCAGAGAGGAGUUUCAUGGACUAGUUUUUCUUUGGGGCAGCAGAUCGAGCAGGUUGGGAGAAGGCAUUGAAGAUGUUGAAAAGAAGGACAUGGUGAUGCGGGAUGCACCUGUCCCAGGGAGAAGGCCCUUAAGAGUUGAGCAGCUGAAAGGUAACAGAAGGCUGAGAGUGGAAAAGUUGGAUAAUGUGGGGGGAAGCAUGGGUAAAAGGAAGACAGAUUAGAGGAUAUGUGUAUGGGCAAAAAGGGUGCUUGGUACCAAGAAAAUUGAGGGGGGGGGUGUGUGUGUUAAAGGGUUAUUUGCAUUCAGAUUUAUCCUUGUGAGUUAACAUCUUGGUAAUGGUGGAGCCAAAAGGCAUUGGUAAGUUAACAGUUAAAAGACAUGCUAAAAGUCUUGGGUAUCUACCUCUGCAACCCUCUUGGGAGGAUACUGCUAGAUUACAGUAUUUCUUAAAAGAGUAAAGUGAUGACUUGUAUUGAUUUUCAUUAUUUCUCCUUUUUGGCCCUUGACUGGAGCCUUCAAAAGAGGCCUUUGUGAUAUUCAGCCUAGUAAACCUCUUUGAAUUUGUGACUUGCCAAAUACUGGAUAACAUCAGUUUUUUUCGGCUAAAUGGACAGGUGGAUUCAGCUUGGUGAGCGUGACAUUAAUGGGAUGUAUUUCUAUGGGAAUUUCAUGUAAUCUUGGUGUUGGCUCUAUUUCAUAUUACUGGAAUGUAAUAAUGAGUAAUGUUUCCGACUUGUAGUCUAAACUGUCUGAUCAUUUCCUUUUUAAAUUAGCAUGUUGGAAUUAUUGUCACACAUAUGUGCACUUGCACUUCAUUGUGACAUUAUUCUUUAAUCAGUCUAAGAUUAAUAUGCAGGGUAAACUAUGUAAAAAGGUUUUAUCAGUGUGCUCAGAUUAUAGUCCCUAGUUAGAAAAAAGAAAUUAAACCACAAAUCUUAUCUUUUAAAAAAAUGGAUAAAAUUACAAUGAAUAUCAAAAUCCUGCUAUUGGCAAUGAAAUUUUGAUUCUUUUGGCAAAUGAAGUUCUUCAGUUACAGAGAAGGAAACUAGUAUGUAAUUGAGCAAUCUAUUUUAAACUUUCUCUCCUGCUGGUCAAACUACAUGCCUUUUCCACUAGAAUUUUGCUGCAGUCCCACCUAUGUUUUGUGAUGUCAUAGCAUGGAAGAGAUGGAGUUUGCUGUAUCAAAUAGAAGGUGGAGAAGCAAGGCCUGUUCCAAGUGGCAGCAUAGGGUGCUUCAAUCUGUGGAAUGUCUUCAGUUUGAAGACAAAACGGAUACAGUGUUUAGUAACACAGAAAAAGAACGUACAAACAUUAUAGAUUCUGAGAUGUCUGAGAAGACAGUCCACAACCUCAGUCCUGCUUUUGACAGCAUCCCUUACAGAAUGCAGAGCCGGACAGGAUCCACAAACUCUUUGCUGGAUGACAGUGAUUAUUUCCUGAACUCAGGAGACCUUGCAGGAAUCCCUGUGGUUGGGAGUGACAACGAAGAAGAGCAGACUUUUGCUCCAAAGGAUGGUCUCUCUUCUGCCCUUCGCUCUGAAGAUAGCCGGGGAGAUGGGAGGAGGGCCCGGGAUCAUGUGGUGGACAAUGAAAAAGACACCCAAAUGCAAAACAUGAUCCAGAAGGAUCUCUCUCCCCCUUUUGACAAGGGACCCUCUGUCUUUAAAUCCCUGAGGAAAGACUUUAGCAUCGCAAGAGAUGAUAGCAAAGACACUUUUUUGACAAAGGAGAAAACCAGAGAAGGAUCUUUCCAAGAACGUGACAAACGUUUGGAAAAAAUGCCGAAAGAGCUGGAUUCCAGAUUGAAAAGCAGUUUGCUCGAUAAAUCAGUUGUGAAUCAAGUAGAUGAAACGUUGCGGACACAUUUAGCACCGCAAACACCAGAAACUAACUUCAGGGAAUCUAACUACCUGUUUGCUAAUAAGGACUCUGUUGGCCAAGAGCACGGGAACUCCUAUGCGUCCAAUAUUAGAAUCAAAGAAGAGCCUUUGGAUAAUGACUACGAUAAAGCUAUGGCACCUCAGCCGGGGCUACUCAAUAAAAUUAAGGAUGAACCAGACAGUACUGAGGAUUAUGGCCAGCAGCCAAAAACUCAGGAAGGGGAACUGAAAAUCAGUGCUGUGUUUUCUGUCAGUGGCAGCCCUCUCGCUCCGCAGCUGACCUCAGGUUUCCCACCUAACACGCCAUCCUCUGGCAUGAACAAGCUACUUCCUUCGGUCCCAAGUACGGCCGUUCGGGUUUCCUGUUCAGGAUGCAAGAAGAUCCUGCAGAAGGGGCAGACGGCGUAUCAAAGAAAGGGCUCGACUCAGCUCUUCUGUUCCACACUGUGCCUCACGGGAUACACUGUACCAGCUGCCCGACCGCAACCUUUCACCAAGAAAACCUGUUCCAGCUGCUCAAAGGACAUCCUGCAUCCAAAAGAUGUGAUUACAGCUCAGUUUGACAAUACAAAUUCCAGCAAGGAUUUCUGUAGCCAGUCCUGUCUUUCCGUGUAUGAGUUGAAAAGGAAGCCUGUGGUCACCAUCCAUACAAACAGUAUCUCCACCAAAUGCAGCAUGUGCCAGAAGAAUGCAGUGAUUCGGCAUGAAGUGAAUUACCAGAAUGUUGUACACAAGCUUUGCAGCGAUGCCUGCUUCUCCAAGUUUCGUUCCGCAAACAACCUGACCAUGAACUGCUGUGAAAACUGUGGGGGCUACUGCUACAGUGCUUCGGGACAGUGUCACAUGCUUCAGAUAGAGGGGCAGUCCAAAAAGUUUUGUAGCUCAACAUGCGUCACUGCCUACAAGCAGUCUGCAAAAAUUACCCCCUGCGCAAUGUGCAAAUCUCUAAGAUCUUCUGCGGAGAUGAUUGAAAGCACAAAUAACGUGGGGAAAACAGAGCUCUUUUGUUCCGUGAAUUGCUUGUCGGCACACAGAGUCAAAGUGGUCACAUCGUCAGGUGUCCAGGUCCAGUGUAAUAGCUGCAAAACCUCUGCCAUCCCUCAGUAUCAUCUUGCAAUGUCAGAUGGAAGCAUACGUAAUUUUUGCAGCUACAGCUGUGUGGUGGCUUUUCAGAAUUUGUUCAAUAAGCCCUCGGGAAUGAAUUCCUCCGUGGUGCCCUUGUCGCAGGGCCAAGUGAUUGUCAGCAUUCCCUCAGGAGCGACAGUUUCUGCGGCGGGCAAUACUACCUCAACAGUCUCUCCCAGCUCGGUCAGCAGCUCAGCCGCCGCCGGCCUCCAGAGGCUGGCUGCCCAGUCCCAGCAAGUCUCCCGCACCGUCGCCAAGCUCAGGUGUCAACACUGUAAUCGUCUCUUUGCAACGAAGCCCGAAGUGCUCGACUACAGGGGCAAAAUGUUCCAGUUUUGCGGCAAGACCUGUUGUGACGAAUACAAAAAGAUAAACUGUGUCAUGUCAAUGUGUGAAUACUGCAAAAUUGACAAGAUCGUUAAAGAAACGGUGCGAUUUUCAGGCAUUGAUAAAACAUUCUGUAGUGAAGGCUGCAAGUUGCUUUACAAGCAUGACUUAGCCAAACGUUGGGGAAAUCACUGUAAAAUGUGCAGCUACUGUUUGCAAACCUCUCCAAAACUGGUGCAGAAUCACUUUGGAGGCAAAGUGGAGGAAUUCUGCUCGGAAGAUUGCAUGUCAAAGUUCACAGUUUUGUUUUAUCAAAUGUCCAAAUGUGAUGGGUGCAAAAGGCAGGGAAAACUCAGCGAGUCCCUGAAGUGGCGGGGUGAAAUCAAACAUUUUUGCAACUUGCUUUGCAUUUUGAUGUUUUGCAACCAGCAGUGUGCAUCAGAUCCUCCACCACCACCGCCUCCUCCGCCUCCACCACCCCCUCCAAAUAAUGCAGCAAAUGUCUCUAUGACACCAACAUCUUCAGCAGGGCCCCCUUUAUCUCUCAGGAAGGACUCCACCCCUGUGAUUGCAAACGUGGUGUCUCUUGCCAGCACACCAGCUGCUCAGCCUACAGCCAAUUCCAAUAACGUCUUGCAAGGUGCAGUUCCUACUGUAACAGCAAAAAUAAUUGGUGAUGCAAGUACCCAGACAGAUGCUUUGAAACUCCCGCCCUCACAGCCACCCCGGCUCCUCAAGAACAAAGCCUUGCUGUGCAAGCCUAUAACCCAGACCAAGGCCACUUCUUGCAAGCCUCAUACGCAGCAUAAGGAAUGCCAAACCGAAGAAGAAAAGGAAGCUCCACCCAAAAUCAUUAUGGUGCCUGUUCCUGUACCAGUGUUUGUGCCAAUCCCACUUCAUCUCUUCUCCCAGUACACACCAGUCCCUCUGGGAAUGCCAGUUCCGGUCCCAGUUCCUAUGUUUGUGCCCCCUGCCCCAGAGAGCACUGAGAAAACAAGAGAAGCCAUUCCAGACGUCAAAAAGAACUCGGCUAGUCCUUUUGAGGCCGAUCUUCUCCAGAUGGCAGAAAUGGUUGCCGAAGAUAAAGAUAAGGAACACUCUCAAGGAGGCUCUCAAACAUCUGAGCAUGAGCUGUUUCUGGACCCCAAAAUAUUUGAAAAAGACCAGGGCAGCACAUACAGCGGGGACCUGGAAUCGGAAGCAGUGUCAACUCCCCAUAGCUGGGAGGAAGAGUUGAAUCACUAUGCAUUACGCUCCAAUGCGGUGCCUGAGCCUGAGCCCGAACCAAAACAGUUCCCCAAAGGCGAAUUGGAGCAGGACCUGGAGGCUGACUUCCCAUCAGAUUCCUUUGACCCAAUCAGCAAAGGGCUAGGUCUCCAUUCACGGGCACGAGCAAGGCGGAGACAUAGAGAUGGUUUCCCACAACCAAAAAGACGGGGCAGAAAGAAGUCCAUUGUUGCUGUGGAGCCUCGAAUCCUGGUUCAGAGUUCCUAUCCAGGCUGUUCUGUUUCCGGGAUGAGUCUCAAAUACAUGUAUGGGGUGAAUGCCUGGAAGAACUGGGUCCAGUGGAAGAACACGCAGGAAGAUCAAGGAGACGUGAAAUUUGGAGUUCGAUCUGUGAAGCUCAAAGAGGACAUCCUCUCGUGUUCCUUUUCGGAGUUGAGUUUCGGCUUGUGCCAGUUCAUCCAGGAGGUGCGGCGACCAAAUGGCGAAAAGUAUGACCCCGACAGCAUCUUAUACCUGUGCCUUGGAAUUCAGCAGUACUUAUUUGAGAACGGUAGAAUAGAUAACAUUUUUACUGAGCCCUACUCCAGAUUUAUGAUUGAACUUACAAAACUGUUGAAAAUCUGGGAGCCUACAAUACUUCCAAACGGUUACAUGUUUUCAAGGAUCGAAGAGGAGCACUUAUGGGAGUGUAAGCAGCUGGGUGCCUAUUCCCCCAUUGUGCUGUUGAACACGCUGCUUUUUUUUAACACCAAAUACUUCCAGCUCAAGAAUGUCACCGAGCACAUGAAGUUGUCCUUUGCCCACGUCAUGCGACGCACCCGGACUCUGAAAUAUAACACAAAGCUGACUUACUUACGCUUCUUCCCACCUUUCCAAAAGCAGGACGGAGAACCAGAUAAAAUAGUGGGCAAAAGGAAACGUCAUGAUGGCGAAGAAACCGUAGAGAUGGUUGAGAACACGGACAAUCCUUUGAGGUGCCCAGUUCGGCUCUAUGAAUUCUACUUGUCAAAGUGUUCUGAAAGCGUGAAGCAGAGGAGUGACGUCUUUUACCUCCAGCCAGAACGUUCAUGCGUUCCCAAUAGCCCAAUGUGGUAUUCCACUAUGCCAAUAGAUCCUGGGACUUUGGACAUCAUGCUAACGCGCAUCCUCAUGGUAAGGGAAGUGCACGAAGAACUUGCCAAAGUUAAACCGGAGGACUCGGAUCCGGAGCUUUCGGACUAAACUUGGGCGAAGGGGAGGUUCCCUCUUUUGUUUGUUUGUUUGUUUUGGUUUUGUUUCCUUCCCUUUCCAUGGUAUCUUGCAAAAAAGCACCGAACUGAGAUUGCACCUGGCCUUCAGAAAAAUCACUCAAGUCACACACACACACACACACACACACAUACACACACACACACACACACAAAACAAACCCUCCGAAGGCACAGCGGAAGCUGCAAAAGGUUGCAAAAUGAGACUCGAAGGAUGGAAAACGGCAGACGACGCAGGAACACUGGAGAACUUUCAGUGGCUGCAAAUGCUCGUGAAAAUGCUCGAAGAAAAGAUGAACUGGAGACCUGUCUCUUCCCCUCUCCCUGCCUCCCAAGUGGUGCUUGUUAGUGGAAUAAAAAAAACAAUUAUGGAUGUGUUUUCUUAAAAAAGGAAAGCAGUGGUGUACAUCCUUCCCUCCUAACCAUGAAAGCAAAGGAAGCUAGAUUUAGACGCACACCCCAGGGUGAUUUUGCAGUGUAGCUGCCACCCACCCAUGCAUGGGGUGGGUGGGUAUUGCCUAACACUUGCUAUAGGACACCAAGCAGAACGUAGUGAGACGGACGCCUAUGGGAAUGCCAUCUGUAACAUACACGCCAGGUCCCUUCCUUGCCCUCUCCCCUUUUAUAAUUUUCAAAGGGGGUGCGGGGGCUUUUUAGGAAAAAAAUGUUGGGUUGUUCAAAAAGACUUGGCCAGAAGCUGAGGCAAAGAAGGGGAAACUUGGUGGGCUGCCAUCAUGUUUUCUGACUUUUGAAAAACGCUGGCUGCAGGAGCAAAUCAAGUUUAGCCAGGCCACCUCAGCCAUGGUUUUAUGAGGAAACGACUCAUUUCUGAAUGAACUCGCGCACACAUACUCAGCCGCCCCAUGCAGACAAAUAGGAUUUGGUCUUCAGCCCUCCAAAACCACUUGACUGCUUUCUUAAGAGCAAGAUAUGCAAAAGUGGUCCCUGAUAAAUUGUAUCCCACCUCCCUGGGUUUUUUCCUUCUUCUUUAACUGGCCUAGGCAGUCACUAUUCACGCAUUUAUAAAUUACUUUUACAAAAUCCAGUCGAGUUGGAAUGCCGGGGGCCUUCCAGAUGUUUUGUUCUUUGCAUUAUCCCACUCACUGGUUGAUUUAAACAAGGUAUUGUUAAUCCUCAGCAUGAUUUGUGUACCAUCGCUUUUCAUUAAAAAAAAAAAAAAAAAAAAGGCAUAGAAAUCAGAUUCCAAAUGUGAAAGAGAAUUUGGGUGGCUUGGCUUUGCCUCUUUCCCGCUCCCUUCCUCUGGGUAGGAAAAAAAAUCCCCUUUAUCAAAACGCGGGGUGCGUAGGCUUAGCCAAGUCCAUUUUUUCACCACCUUCCUCAAGCCGAAGAUGUUUUUUCCCCCCCUCCGUCUCCAAAAGAUCGCUUUGAAAAUCGAAACUAUUUUUUAAAAGAAAAAAAAAUCCAGGAAAAAAAGUGUACAUUUUUAUUAGCGGUUUUGUCCAUUCACCAAAUUUCUAAAGAGUUCUUUAAAAAAAAAAAAAAAGCAAAAGAAACAACCCUGUUGGUCUCUCCAGCAUUGAACAAAGCCUUUUGUGUAUGUAUGUGUGUGUGUGUGCGCGUGUGUGUUUGGGGUAUUCUUUUUAACAGUAACAAAGGUUAACAAUAAAAUCAGAAAGUAGUCUUCUC